ACAUGUCCAUACGCCAAAAUGCCAGCACUCUGUAGAGGGGUAUUUCUAGUGGGAUCGAGACUAUCAACUCCUCGAUUCCUUGUGGCUGCCUCUCCUCAUUCUUCUCUCUCUCUCUCCUCUUUUAACAACCCACAGCUCGUAAAUGGAUCACUUCACCAUCUCCACUUCAACAAACACUUUCCCUUAACUUCAUCAUCAUCAUCAUCAUCAUUAUCAUUCAUCAUGGCCCAGGUGGGAAGCUCCGCUGGGAUUUCUACAGCGCCGUCUUUUGGUAAUGGAGGGGAUAAUACCGCUGCUUUUCCUUUGUCUUCGUCGUCUGUCCUGAAAAUCAACAAGGGGGAUAUUACCAAGUGGUUCGUUGAUGGCUCAUCUGAUGCUAUUGUUAAUCCAGCAAAUGAGAAAAUGCUUGGAGGAGGAGGUGCAGAUGGAGCAAUACAUAGGGCUGCUGGACCAGAACUCCGAGAUGCAUGCUAUAAGGUCCCUGAAGUCCAACCUACAAUUCGCUGCCCAACAGGAGAAGCUAGAAUUACUCCAGGUUUCAAAUUGCCUGCAUCUCAUGUGAUUCACACUGUAGGCCCUAUCUAUGACCCCAGCAGGAACUGUGCAGCCAUCCUGAAAAAUGCAUACAGGAACAGCUUAACGGUAGCCAAGGACAACAACAUCAAGUAUAUUGCAUUUCCUGCUAUAUCUUGUGGUGUUUAUGGAUAUCCUUUUGAGGAAGCUGCUGCGGUGGCAAUAUCGACAGUGAAAGAAUUUGCAGAUGGCUUGAAAGAGGUUCAUUUUGUUCUGUUCUCGGAUGACAUCGACAAUGUUUGGUUAAAGAAGGCGAAGGAAUUGCUUCUUCCUUGACAUGAAUAGCAGCUGGAUUUUCAUAUCCCCUUUUGGCUGAGAUGUAAAACUGUUAUUUUAGUUAUUAUGAAGUUGAUGCUUCAGAUUGUAUGGGAUUGAGGUAUCAUUAUGAGCUUCACUUAGAUGGAACUGUUAGAUGGUGUCAGCCAUUUUAGUUUAUUAUCAUGAAUGCAUGUGAGACUAUGUGAGAUGGAUAAUAUGGGAAGGAAAGAAGAAUGGAGGGGCAACCAAAACCAUGAUGGAUAUUAUCUAUCUAUGAGCCAUUCUUGAUGAAAUGGCCGAUAUUGCGAAUGACCAGAGGAGAUUAUACGAGUAUGUAAUCCAUUGCACUCA